UGAGUAAGCGCAUGUCUUUGCCCAUGGACAUCCGUCUGCCUCCUGAGUUUCUCAAAAAACUGCAGCUGGAGAGUGACAACUCCCCGCUCUGCAAACCUGUCAGUCGCAUGUCUCGACGUGCUUCACUGUCUGACAUAGGCUUUGGGAAACUGGAGACAUACGUGAAGCUCGGCAAACUGGGUGAGGGGACGUACGCCACAGUGUUCAAAGGGCGAAGCAAACUAACAGAGAACCUGGUGGCGUUAAAGGAGAUUCGGCUGGAGCACGAAGAAGGAGCUCCUUGCACUGCUAUCAGAGAAGUGUCUCUACUGAAGAACCUGAAACAUGCCAACAUCGUCACGCUGCACGACAUCAUUCACACCGAACGUUGCCUCACUCUGGUGUUUGAGUAUCUUGACAGUGACCUUAAACAGUAUUUGGACAACUGCGGGAAUCUCAUGAGCAUGCACAAUGUCAAGAUCUUCAUGUUCCAGCUGCUGCGUGGUCUGUCCUACUGUCACACGAGGAAAAUCCUCCACAGAGACCUAAAGCCUCAGAACCUGCUCAUCAAUGAGACGGGCGAGCUCAAACUGGCCGACUUUGGUCUGGCAAGGGCUAAGUCUGUCCCCACUAAGACCUACUCCAAUGAGGUGGUCACUCUUUGGUAUCGACCCCCUGACGUGUUGCUGGGCUCUACAGAAUACUCCACGCCCAUCGACAUGUGGGGCGUGGGCUGUAUCAUGAAUGAGAUGGCAACAGGUCAUCCUAUGUUUCCUGGUGCCACAGUGAAGGAGGAGCUACACUUAAUUUUUAGGCUUUUGGGCACUCCAACAGAAGAGACUUGGUCUGGGAUCAGUAGUAAUGAGGAGUUUAGGUCUUACCUCUUUCCUCAAUACAGACCUCAAGCUCUCAUCAACCAUGUGCCCAGGUUGGACACAGAGGGGAUCGACCUUCUGUCUGCUCUGCUGCUGUAUGACACCAGGAGCAGAAUCUCCGCGGAAGCCGCUCUACAACACCCCUACUUCCUGAGUCUGGGGAAUAACAUACACAGUUUGGCAGACACUGCUUCAGUGUUUUCCCUCAGAGAGCUCCAGCUCCAGAAGGACCCAGGCCACCGCAGCUCUGUGUUUCAGCCUUUAGGUCGAGGCAAAAACCGAAGACAAAGCAUCUUCUAGUGGUCCCGGAGGAGGAACCGAGACACCGAGACGAGACCUCAGCACAAAGGCCAACACAGCUCUGCACAUUCACAAGCAUUCUCACCUCUCCUCUUGUGCACUCACUUAUUUCCAAGGCAGCUGACCAUGGAGACACAUGGUUUCUGGAAAUACACUUGUACUGCACUUGAAAUGACAGGGCAGAGAUACACGCUCCCUCCACACACACACACACACACACACACACAGUAAAUAUUUGCACAAUCAGCGACACUGAACAUGCUGCCAUUACUUAAGUAGUUGCACACACACACACACACACACCAGAGAUUUAUGAGUAUCCUGCUGACACACACACACACACACACACACACACACAUGCAUUUCAGCCCAAAAUGUCAACCAUUUGGCCCUAAAUAAAGCUGCUUUUCUGCUCUGUUAUAGUGUAAAACAUGUACGCAAGCUCGCAUAAUUUCCAUUCAGAGCGCACCCUAGCCAUUUAAGGUAGCGAUCACAUCUGGAUCCAUCAUACAAUCGCAGGUGUAUAGAUGUUAAAGGUUGUGAUGUGAGUGGAGGUCAGUUCAGUAUAAGUGAAGUGAAAUGAGGUGAAUUUGUUUCCAAAAUGUGCUCAAUGUUUGUCGGACUAAAGGUGAGACGUGCUCGAAUUGUAGCUUAAAGAUAACCUCUCUGAUUUUGUUAUAGCAUCAAGUGGCACUUCCGAAUUGUAAAAUUUAGCUCAACAUUUAAAAAGUACUGAGGUCUUAAAUUCCCCAAACACACCCCCUAAUGACCCUUCAAAAUUAUAACCAGAAACCAAAGAGAAGGUUGUUUUUAUUAUUUAAUUUAUGUCUUGUUUUUCUUCAGUUAACUGUGAAUUUGCGCUUUAUGUACAUUUUAUUUUCCUAGCAUGAAAGUCUAAAUAGUGAUUUAAAGCCUUCUCAGGAGCUUAUUGUCAGGAAUAAAAUUCUGGGGGGGGGGAAAUGCUGAAGAUUUCAUUUAUUUAUAAUUGUUUUAAAAUACAAGUAGUCCCAUUGAAACAUCAGCUUAUUAAAUGCAUAGUCCUGCCAUAUUGCUAAAAUUUCGAAAUUCACGCAAAGAAAACUGGUAAAGGUGGCUAAAGCCUUGUGCGAGACUUUUGAGCAUUUAAACUAUUUAUCGUUGCUGUCGGACAUAAACCUUGUAUCUCCAUAUUUUGUCAUUUUAAUAUAUUUUCAUAAAUCAAUGCAAUUGGUCACCCUUUACGUCUUCCCUUUAUGACGUCAUAAGGGGAAAAGUUACCUUCCCU